AUGAAUUCAGCCAUCAGUGCAACUAUAAAAGAUGAAGAGUAUAAAACUGAACAGCAACUACGACAACAACAACAAUCACAUCACCAACAACAGCAAGCUCAUCAGCAGCAACAACAACAACAUCAAUUGUUCAGACCAAAUCCAGCAUAUAAUUUUGGACCAUGGAAUUGGAAUGCCGCUAUGCAUAAUACUAAUAACAACAAUAGCAAUAAUAAUAAUACUAAUAACAAUAAUAGUACCAUGAAUAGUAUUAUUACUAAUGGAAGUCAACAACAAUUAUCUAGACCAAUUUUUUCUGAUAAUGAUGUUAUGAAAAUGAUUAAUUUUAUAAAACGUAAGUUGAAUUUAAGCGUUAUCAGCGGUUUAUUUAUUGUAUUAUACAUCUUGAAAUGUGCUUUGGACUGUUGUAUGUACUAA